UGGGUGACUCACGUCCUUGGUAUUUGCCUUUUGUUUCUAAGAUGCUUUGGCUGCUCUUCUCUCUGCUUUUAAUUUUGGGACGAGAAAAUCUAAUGAAUCAAGAAUGAGUCCCUUCUCCACUGUCCCCACCCCCUCUCCUAAAGUUGCUCUCUGCUCACAAGUUGCACAGUUGCCCGAGACGUGCGGGGGCGGGGCAGGCGGCAGCGCAUUAGCGCCGGCAGAAUCCGAAGUUGACAGCCUAAGGUGCCACCUCGGUGGGAGACUUUUUGAAGCGACCUUACAGUCCGCUGGGCGCUCGCUGCUGCCGCUGUACAUUUUCAGCUCGCUUCUUUCUGCGGCCGCUUUGUGCUGCUCCGUCACGCCGAAAUCUAUGUCGCCACUGCCAAAGGUGCCUGAAGCAGGGUGAAUUACACGAGAGUCGCCAGCAGUUUUGUUCCAGGCCAAGGUCGCACAGCGGACCGAGAGACGCCGACAGAAGAGACGACGAGGUGCCACCCGGGCGGCGGCAGGAAGGGCGCGGGAGGAGGAGCGCGAAGCCCGGCGUCCGGACCGCCGUGCGUACUUUCUGGAGGGAAGGGCGGGGGAGUCAGCCCGGGAGGGGGCGCCCGCUGGCCAGCGGCUUAGCUAAGCCGAGUUCCGGCCACAGGGUCCCUCCUCCGCGCCCACGAGAGGAAAGUUUUCUCCAGGAGCUUCCGGCCGGCCCGCGCCCUCCGUGCCCAGCCCCCGGAGCCUUCGGAGUGGGCGCCGUCCCAGCCCGGCUCCGGGCGCCGUGAGCCGCGAUGCCUGGGGGGUGCUCUCGGGGCCCCGCCACCGGGGGCGGGCGGCUGCGGCUGGCGCGCCUGGCGCUGGUCCUCCUGGGCUGGGUCUCUUCGUCCUUUCCCACCUCCUCGGCGACUUCCUCCAACGCCUCCGCGUCGUUCCUGGCCUCGGCCGCGUCCGCUCAGCCUCCUCUGUCCAGCCAGUGCCCCGCGACUUGCGAGUGCUCCGAGGCGGCGCGCACCGUCAAGUGCGUGAACCGUAACCUGACCGAGGUGCCCGCGGACCUGCCUUCCUACGUGCGCACCCUCUUCCUCACCGGCAACCUGCUGGCCGAGCUUCCCGCCGGUGCCUUUUCCCGCCGCCCGCCCCUGACCGAGCUGGCUGCACUCAACUUAAGCGGCAGCCGCCUGGCAGAGGUGCACGCUGGUGCCUUCGAGGACCUGCCCAGCCUGCGGCAGCUCGACCUCAGCCACAACCCGCUCUUGCACCUUAGCCCCUUUGCUUUCUCGGGCAUCAACGGCAGCGCCUCAACCCCCAGCCCUUUGAUGGAACUGAUCCUGAACCACGUGGAGCGCCCCGCUCAGGACCAGGACCAGGACCAGAACGAGAAGAACCAAAGUGUGGAGGUCAUGGUGGCAUCGGCCCUGCGGGCGGGCCACACACUACGUGGCCUCCGUCACCUGGAGCUGGCCAGCAAUCACUUUCUUUACUUGCCCAGGGACACACUGUCCCAACUGUCUGGCCUCAGGCACCUGGACCUGCGUAACAAUUCUCUGGUGAGCCUGACCUACCUGUCCUUCCGAAACCUUACACACCUAGAAAGCCUCCACCUGGAAGACAAUGCGCUCAAAGUCCUUCAUAAUGGCACGUUGGCGGAGCUGCAAGGCCUGGGGCAUGUCAAGGUGUUUCUGGACAACAACCCCUGGGUCUGUGAUUGUCACAUGGUAGACAUGGUGACGUGGCUCAAGGAGACUGAGAUAGUGGAGGGCAAAACCAGGCUCACCUGUGCAUUCCCGGAAAAAAUGAGGAAUCAAAUCCUCGUGGAACUGAACAUCUCCAGCCUGGACUGUGAUCCUGUCCUCCCUCCUUCUCUGCAGACUUCUUACGUCUUCCUGGGUAUUGUUUUAGCCCUCAUAGGCGCAAUUUUCCUCCUCGUUUUGUAUUUGAACCGUAAGGGGAUAAAAAAGUGGAUGCACAACAUCAGAGAUGCCUGCAGGGAUCACAUGGAGGGGUAUCAUUACAGAUAUGAAAUCAAUGCGGACCCCAGGUUAACAAACCUCAGUUCCAAUUCAGAUGUCUGAGAAACGUUAGAGAUAGGAAAAAAAAUAAAGAAUUUAAAAAAAGGACAACUCAGCAUGAGGUGUAGACUUAAGCUUUAUCCAUACUAGGUUUGCUCCACUUCCACCCUCCACUGUAGACACCACAGACUUUAAAAGCAGUGAAGGGGAUUUGCUUCCAUGUUGUGUAAAGUUUCUUGGUGUGCUUUGUUAAUAUAAGACAAUGAACAACUGUGCAGUAUUUUGCCCUCUUUUCUUGGAGCUCCUCAACACGUGUGGAGGGACUUUCAAGUUUCAGCAUGAACCUGGACUCCUUGCUGUCUUGUCUCUCUUAGUACAUUUCAAGGUGUAGCACGUGUACCUGCACAGAUAGCAUUCAACAAAAGCUGCCUCAACUUUUUUUAGAAAAGUACUCUAUUCAUAAAUAUCAGUUUUAUUCUCAUGUACCUAAAAUUGUGAAGAAAAUAAUUGCAUCCCAUAAACUGCCUGCAGACCUUAGCAAGCUCUAAAAAUAACUCCAUAGUACACAGGAGCACCUGCAUCCAAGAGCAUGCUUGCAUUUUACUGUUCUGCAUAUUACAAAAAAUAACUUGCAACUUCAGAUUACUUCAUUGACAAAUUACUUUUUUGAUUGCAGUUUAUAUGGAACUAUUGAAUUUUUUUAUAAACUGCAUGGAGAACCAACAAACUGAAUUGUUAAAAAAAAAUCAAUAAAGAUUCCUAAAAGAA